AUGAUUUAUUAUAAUAUUUUAAUUAAUAUUUUUUUAUAUUUUUAUUUUAUUUAUGGUCAAGGAACUGUUCCUGCAAAUCCUGAUAGACCAGAUUGUUCUGCUUCAUGGCAAACUGUUGAUUUAUCUUUUGUUGCUCAGUUAUCUCAAUGUUCAAAUUAUGAGGAGAAUCGUGGUGUACCAUGUUCACCUAAUAAUCCAACAACAUGUACUGGAAGAAAUCCUUUUUGUGCACAGAUGGAAGAUAAAACAACAUUUAAAUGUUGUUCUGAUAUGAUACAAGAUUCUAUUGAAAUACCAUUUUUAUCUUCUGAAAAUAUAAAACCAAUAUGUCCUGGUGGUUCGAUACCAUUUAAAAUGCCUCAAGUUAUGUUAUGUAGUCCUGAAAUAAUAAAUUUUUGUCCAACUGAUUAUACAUGUGUAGAGGCAGCAAAUGGUCAUCUUCUUCCACAAGAUGCAAGAUCAUUAUGUUGUAAAACAUCUACAUUAUAUUCAUUUGCUAAAGUAUUUAUUGAAAUGAGUUUAUCACCAAGAUUAAUACCUUAUCCACCAAUAAAUGCAAUAGAUUUUACAACAUUAAAUGUUCAUACAUCCGCAUUAGAUCAUGCCCCUGAAAUAAGAACAGGUGAUCAUUUUGUACUUGCUCCCUAUCGUCUUCAAGAACCAGCUUAUUUAAAAAAAGUAACAUUAUUUCAUCCACAAACUAAUGGAAGUUAUCUUCAUGUAUUAAUGUUUGAUCCAAAUAGUCAAACAGAAACUUUACAAUUUUACUAUGAUAGAAAAAGUAGUGGUCAAAAAGAGAUUGAUUUAGAUACACCAAUAGCUGAUGGUGGAUUUAUUUCAAAAAGAAUAAUUAAUCAUCAAAAUGAUUAUUCACAGGGAAAUGAACCACCAACAUUAAAUUUUAAACAAAACUAUCGAAAAAUGUGGGUAAUUAUGGUAUUUAAAACAGUCGAUCCAUUAACAAGACUUUAUAUAUCAGUAUCAACAGAUUUUAAUUCAAAGUAUAGAAAUGCUCAUGAUUUUCUUCGAAGCUCAACAGCACAACGCCUUGGGACACCAGUAGCAGGAACUUACUUUUUUUUAACAUCAGAUUGA